AUGCCCUGGAACAAAGACCCUUCAACAGUUACCAUGACUCAGACCGACGAAGCCCAGUCUAGAGGCCAGGUCGCCCCCAAAUGGCGCGGCACCCAGGCCGACCAGGCCGAUAUGAGCGCUCUGGGGAGAGAUCAGGUCUUGCGGCGUAACUUCCGAUACAUCUCCAUCGUAGGAUUUGGCUGCACGCUGAUCGCCACGUGGGAGGUUGUUUUGACUCUGCUGGCCCAAGGCCUGACCGAUGGAGGAACUGCCGGUUUGAUCUGGGGGUUCCUCAUCGUCGCUGCUGGGUUUCUUCUGGUGUUCCUGAGUCUGGCCGAGAUGGCAUCCAUGGCUCCCACCUCCGGCGGACAGUACCAUUGGGUAUCGGAAUUUGCCCCUCCUAGCUGCCAGAAAUUCCUCAGCUACAUCACCGGCAAGUUCUUCCCGCCCCACCUCCUCAACCAAGCUAAUUAUGUAGGCUGGCUAUGCGCUAUGGGCUGGCAAUGCGCCAUCGUGUCCAUCGCCUAUUUGGCUGGAACUAUCAUCCAAGGCCUGGUCGUGCUGAACAACCCGAACUAUGACUUCCAGCGGUGGCACGGCACCCUGUUGGUGAUCGCCAUCACCAUGUUUUCGAUCAUAUUCAACACCUUUUUGGCCAAGCGGCUGCCCUUCGUAGAGGUGUUGAUUCUAAUCCUGCAUGUGUGCGGCCUGUUCGCCAUCAUAAUUCCGCUGUGGGUGCUGGGCCCUCGCCGCAGCGCGAAGCAGGUGUUUACCGAAUUCAACAACGGCGGGGCCUGGGACAGCGCCGGGACUGCCACGCUCGUUGGAUUCUCGACCACCAUCACGGCGCUGAUUGGAUAUGAUUGCGCGGUGCACAUGUCGGAGGAGAUCAAAGAUGCAUCCGAUACCCUGCCAAAGGCGAUGAUCACCUCUGUCUGCGUCAACGCCGCCUCCGGUUUCCUGAUGCUGGUGACCGUCUGCUUCACGCUAGGCGACAUUGAUGACAUCCUUUCCACACCAACAGGGUACCCGUUCAUGCAGGUGUUCUACAACGCGACGGAGAGUCUGCCGGGAACGAACACCAUGACCGCCAUUCUGGUGCUGACCCUGACGGCGAGCACGAUCACAGAAGUAGCAACGGCAUCGCGCCAGUUAUGGUCUUUCGCGCGUGAUCGCGGCCUUCCUUUCUCCGAUUUCUUCGGAUAUGUAAACCCUAGCUGGAACAUCCCCUUAAACGCCGUGAUGGUCUCGCUGGCAGUGACAGUCCUCUUGUCGCUCAUCAACAUCGGCUCCACAACGGCGCUUCUCGCCAUCGUGACCUUGACUAUUGGCGCAAUGAUGUCCUCGUACAUCAUCACGAUUGCCUGCCUGCUCCUCAAGCGUAUCAGAGGGGAACCUCUCCCACCGCACCGAUGGACGCUCGGCCGGUUCGGUAUGGCAAUCAACAUCGGGGCGCUGUGCUUCCUGUGCCCGGUGUUUGUAUUUGCUUUCUUCCCGCUCACCUCGACUGUGGAACCAGACACCAUGAACUGGUGCGCAGUGAUGUACGGAGGGAUUCUGAUCAUCGCGGUGGUGUACUAUGUGUUGCGGGGACGGCACCAUUACAUCCCGCCCGUAGCGCUAGUAAAGCGAGAGAUGUAA